AUGUCUCUGCGUAAGCCACAAAUCCCUCGUCUUCUCCUCCAAAACGUCUCCUGCAUGAGAAACGCGCAGCAGAUCCUGCGACACGUCAACGUAUCUCUCCACGACGGCGGCGCGCUCGUCUUAACCGGAACAAACGGCUCCGGCAAAUCAACCUUCCUUCGAAUGCUAGCCGGAUUCACAAAGCCCUCCGCCGGUGAAAUCCUCUGGAACGGCCACGACAUCACACAAUCAGGAAUCUUCCAGCAGUACAAACUCCAACUCAACUGGAUCUCAUUGAAAGACGCAAUCAAAGAGAGGUUCACUGUCCUCGACAACGUCCAAUGGUUCGAGCUAUUGGAGAACAAGAUCGGGAAAGCUCAGCCUGCGUUGGAGCUGAUGGGGUUAGGGAGACUUGUGAAGGAGAAAUCGAGGAUGUUGUCGAUGGGACAGAGGAAAAGGUUGCAACUUGCGAGGCUGCUUGCGAUCGAUAGACCGAUUUGGCUUUUGGACGAGCCGUCUGUUGCUUUGGAUGAUGAAGGAGUGAGGCUGCUUGAGUAUGUUAUCGCAGAGCAUAGGAAGAAAGGUGGGAUUGUGAUUGUUGCUACUCAUCUUCCUAUUGAGAUUGAAGAUGCUAUGAUCUUGAGGCUUCCUCCUAGGUUUCCGAGGAAGAUGACUCUCAUUGAUAUGCUUGAUCGUGCUGACAUUUCUUAG